AUGCCCAGGGCGGAUCCAAAGAAACGCCCAACCGUCGCGGAUGUUGUCGCGGAUGUUCUUACAACCAAAAAUCCAAUAGAUGAUGAGUUUCUUGAUAGGAUGAAGCACUUUAGAGCUAUGAACAAAUUCCAAAGAUUCGCACUCAAGGUUAUUGUUGAUAUCCUCCCAGGAGAACUGGAGGGACUAAAAGCAAUGUUUCAUAACAUGGACACAGACGAAGACAAAGUUAUCACACGUGAAGAACUUGAGAAAUCAUUGGCUGAUACAGAUCAGAAUGGAUUAAUCGACUACAAUGAGUUUAUCACAGCCAUGAUGAACUUUCGGAGAAUGUAUAAAGAGGAACACCUCCUUAAAGCUUUUCAGAAAUUUGACAAGGAUAAUAACAAGUAA